CAAUCACGUCAUGAAUCUGUUUACAUCAAACGUUGCGAGGUGGAAUUUCCCAGGUUACAGCACAGACCAGAUAGACCACUUCCGCAAUAGAUGUCUGGGGCACACAGAGAGAGACGAAGAGAGAGAGAGAGAGGCCACUGCGAGCUGAAAGUUCAGAGGACCAUGUCUAGGAAGUGAGCCACGGCGAUGGAAGGGAAAGGCCCGUACCGCAUCUAUGAUCCAGGUGGGAGUGAGGUCAAGGCCCGGGAGGAGGCCGGAGGGGGAAGCAGCUAUCGACAGCUACUGGAAGAGAACAGCAUACUGAGGGAGCGGAUGAAAGGACUUAAAAGCUUAGGUGACUUGCUGGAAGAAUCUCAGUCAGAGGCGUCGAGGCUUCGGCAGCGAGUGGAGGAACUUGCGAGAGACAACGAAGCCCUCAAGUCCUCAAGUUUUGCAGCCAGUCUGUGUAUGGGAGGACCUAUUCAGACUGAGACACAAAGUAAACCCUGUUUACAUCCCACUGCAGAGCAGAAGGAGGAGCAAACAAGUUGUUUAGGGAAGACCCUUCAACCUGAGAAGCCAAAUGAGGCGUUAUCUGAGUUUGAGGUUGUGAAUAUGGAUGGGAAGACUACAGAUGCCUUGACUGCCGGGUCAGUGACAGGAGUAAUCCCCCUCUUGCCUCAAGAGAACAUUGAGCUAGCGAGUCAGCUAAAGAGACUGGAGAGCUCCUUCAGCAUAUUCGCAGAGGAGUCCAACCCAAACCAGCUGUUGGCUCAUCUUGGUCGAAUGGCUGUGGAGUUUCACCAUCUUUCCUCUAAGGUCCAAAAGAAUGAACAGAGGACCUCCCUCCUACAGACUCUCUGUGAGCAGCUCAGACAGGAGAAUAAUGAGCUUCGCAAGAAAAUGGAAGAGGAUCAUCAUAUCAGGAAUCGAGACUUGGAACAGCUGAGGCAGGAAAACCAGAAACUUAAGGAGCUGGUCACAGGAGGAGCAACAGCAGCAGGAUCGUCCACGGUGCCGUCUCACACCGACGCCGCAGAGGCCAAAGAGGAGCCUGUGAAAGAGGAAUCAGUAGCUGUGAGACCGAAGAUGGAGGCAACCACACCACAGAAGGAAUGUUUCGUGUGCCCUCAGAGUGGAAAAGCUGCAGAGAAAACCCCAACCAAACCUUGUGAUGUAGAGGGGUAUGAAAAGAAGAUCAAGCUUUUGGAGAAGCAGAGAAAGGAUGUACUGGAGGUGAACAAGCAGUGGGACAUUCAGUGGAACUCCAUGAAGUCACAGUUUGAACAGAAGAUCACAGAUCUUAGACAACGACUGGCUGAGUCCCAGAAAACUGUACUUGAACUGGAGGCAGAGCGAGAGCAGAGGCAGCGCGACUAUGACAAGAAGCUACUGUUGGCCAAGUCCAAAAUUGAAAAUGUACAGGGGGAGAAGGAGUGCCUCAACUCUGAGACCACUGAGCUAAAGCAAAAGAUUCGCUACCUGCAGGAUCAGCUGCUGCCCCUCAGCAAACAGAGAGAGUACCAGGAGAAGGAGAUCCAACGCCUCAACAGGGCUUUAGAAGAAGCCUUAAACCUGCACACCCCAUCAUCCUCCCAACAACCACCUGGCCAGGGUAACUUUGCUGAUGCAGCCAAUAACCUGAAGAAACAGGAACUGCUCACCCAGAUCGCUGUACUAAAGGAACAGGUGAAGAUCUUCGAAGAAGACUUCAGAAAAGAGAGGAGUGACAGGGAGCGAAUGAAUGAGGAGAAAGAGGACUUGAGGCGGCAAGUUGAGAGGCUUCAGGGUCAGAUUACUAAUUUAACCAAUCAGCUUCACCAGGCACAGAACGAGUGUCAGAGAGAACGUACAGAGAGAUGUAAGCUGGAGAGACUGCAGAUGCAGCAUCACAAACAGGGGCAGCAGCAGGAAAGGCGUACCUCAGAUCCCACGUCAGGCUCUGUGAACGGCCCGCUGAGCCCUCCCUACUGUGGUCCCUUUGUGCAGGUGGGACCGCAGGGCCUUGAGGGCUGGCCCAUACACUUCCCUCCCCGGAUGCCCAAUGCAGCAGGCGCCACAGCCGCAGCCGCCGCAGCACCGCCCCCUGUACGAGACUUCCAGCCUGUUACCCCGGGUUUUCCUUGGCAGUCGUCAUUCCCACAGCCCAGAGGGGCCAGAGCAGUAGGAGAGAGUUCAAGACCACCACCAGAGAAUGCAGGUCUUGGAGAAGAGCAGAGCUCGAGGGCACAUAGGAAUAAAAAUAUAUCAGAUCAGUCCGCAGCAGCUGCAGCAGCAGGAGGAGCGGGAGCAGGAUUUGGCAAAAGGGAGCGACAGAACAUUGACCCUGGAAAGCACUAAAGCAUCACCGUACCCACCUGAUGGAGUCUGGGUAGUAGCAUGAAAUCAGUUUGUUUUUGAGUUGACAAGGUGUGAUUUGAUCUAUAAUUUUCCUACUGAACUGUAGAUAUCCUAUUGUAAUGUUGUUUAUACUUGCGUUUUAUAAGGCUAUUUGUGAAACACUUCGCUAUUCUGAAUAUAUACAUGAAAUAUUAUUUAGAUUUUUUUAUCAGGAACUGAAGUCAUUUGUUAAAUAGGUUGAAAUAAUUAACAUCAUAACACGUGUUUUUUUUUUCUUCUUCCGGAAAAUACCUAUGAUUGUCUCUCUGCAGAUCUGUAACAACUUGACAUUUAGUUUGUUACUUGUAGGGUUACAGGAAGCCAUUCCCCAAUAUGACUAAGGCUACAUAUACUCAUUCCAACAAUGAAUGAUUAUAUAAGUACAUGAAAUCAUAGAAUUUACAAUGUGAAUGUUAAUUGAUUUAUGAAGAUUUCUUCAGUACCAUUGAUGUUAUAGAACUGUCCCAUAUGUGUAACUGUUUAAAAGUGGUUGUUGAAAUACAAAAAUUUUGGGAAAUGAAUUUUGAUGGUAUCAUACCAAAAACAUGAUUGUGAUUAUUAUUUAUAACCUGCUGUUUUGAUAGUUGCAUUGACUAAGUGUAAAUCAUUGUCUUUAGAAAUGCUGUUCUUUCUAUGUUGUUAGUGUAUCCCAAUAUAUUGUAGCUAUUGACAUUGUAUGUUUGUAUCAGACACAAUACACAGUACAUACACAACCUUUUUUUCCCCAUUAUGAUGGACCUAAUCUCAUUAAACACAACACUUCUACUUGACCACAAUUGAUUUGAUGAUUUGACCACUCAUGCCUAUAUUCAUACUCAUCCUACUGCAUCCUGUACUGUUGCCCAGUUAUCUAGAAGUCGUAGCACCAAAACCUUUAGGCAGCAGUGAUGACAGUACUGAAACAUCAAAAUUCUGCUUAAGCACCAGAGAGAAAGAUUUUCCAUCAGUACUUUAAAGACCCUAGAUCCAGUGUCACAGCAGUAGAGCCGCUCCUUAGAGGGAAACCUCUUGCCAGGACAUCUGGCUUUGCUCCCCAGCAAUCCACGCUGUGCCACCUGACCUGGCUCCCUGCUGUAAUGCACAGUCAGGAGCCCCGAUAAGUCACAGGACCCACACGUCAAGAUGUUACCAUCUAAAGGCAGAUUCAAUCUCAAAUCAAGUCACUGUUUACCCAUUAGAAUGUCCUUUAGACUAGUGUAGGUGAAGGGCUUCAAAAUGUGUGCAGAUGAAUUUGAAAAAGGCUUAAUUUUAUCAAGUUUAAGUUACAGGGAACAAACUCCUGAUGGGUGGGCUGAAAUGACAAAUUAGCAGAAUUGCACUUUGAAAGGUACGCUGUAAUUACUGGCAGUUGUAUUUUCUUGGUUUGUAGCCCUUUUUUCGCUGUAGGCAAAAAGCACAUGUGAGACUUUUUGUAUUUGACUGGCUUAAUAAAUCUAUUCUAAAUGUC